CUCUGACUCUUUACCCGCAUUCAAGUACGCAACCUUUAAAUGAGACCAGCAAUCUGAAACGAGGCAGCCUUGAGUCGCUUUUCAGCAGCCAAACGUCGAGGCGGCCAUGUCAGCGACAUCAUUCAUGAUGACGAUCAAAGACAAAAGAGUCUCCGCGCCACAGCCGCGCGUUGGGAGGAUAUCCAUCCAAAGUCCUCUGCUUGCGCUGCCGCAGGCUGUUCCUACGAUCGUUGAUAAUGAGGAUUCUGCGCACACGCUCGCUUCAUACACCAAGUUCAAGAAAGAGGCGGUCGUCUUGUCUUCGUCUGAGUCCAUGGAACCCACAGAGACCGUUCUACGUAUCCGGGCUUCUUCAGACAACUUGCAAUCGCUGCUGGCUGCAUCUGAUGUAGACGUCGCCUCGGUUAAAGAUGCGCUCCUUCAGAUGGAGCAUCUGGUCUUGCGUGCGCCGAAGAUGAUAGUCAAAGAGAGCAAGAAACUUAGAGACAUCGACCACAUUGCUCUGCUUACCGCAGGACAAGCGCUUUGGAAUGCCUCGCUUUCUUUACCUAUGACAAUUCAAGAACUCCGAGCGCUUGGCACCGCAAGAAAAUGCAGCUCGGAUUUUGACUAUUUAUCUUUCGUUCUCAGAUGGUUCAGGUCAAGAUGAUGCCUGCAAAUUGGAUUUGUUAGACUCGAUUCUAGGGAGCCAC